CGAUGUUUACAUUUUGGCAGUGAGCGAUUGAACUGCCAAGCAGUAAACGAUUUUUAAACUUUAUGAACCUUUUAAAAGAUUUUCCUAUUCCACUAGCUAAGUAACUUUAUCCUGAGUACCACAGCAAAUAUUUGCUAUACAUCUUCAUUUAGCUAACUAGCUAGCUAACAAUAACCCUAGCAACCUGUUGAUUGAUAACUGGCUACCCGAGUUGUUGACGUUAGCUAGUUAGCUAACGUUAGCGUGUGCAAAUGACAGCCACCAAUGUUUAACAACAACGAUGAGGAUCUUGUCGAAGAUGUGGCCAGUUUAAGGAAUCAAUUGCGAUUGACGGAGAUUAGUUUGCAAAGUUUGGGAGAACAAUUAAGUCACUCAGGACAGGAGAGUCACAGUGAGCGGUCUGAGAGGAGUUUAGUACAUGGGUUGCCAGGUCUUCUGUCCCUAGAGGACCUACAGCGGCCUGAUGUCCCACAUCCUCCAACUGACAACCCAAGUCUUGAGAGACCCCUCCACAGAAGUAGGACAGCUGAGAGACAGGCCUGUGAAAGCCUACCCAGUACUGACUCCAGGUGCUCCUCGUCUAGGGCAGUGGAGAUGGAGGUUGCCCCCCUCAGGAAGAAGCUAGGCUGCCUGCGUCAGGAGAACGCCUCCCUGGCUCUGGAGAACAGACAGCUCAUCAGUGACCUGGAGGCGACCCAGAUUGAACUGGCCAGCUCUAAAACCAAGGCCCGUCUCCUGGGCUCCACAGUAGGGGCUAAGACCUCCAGUGUGACCGUCAUGAGGGAGCAGAUCCUGGGCUUGGAGGCUGAGGUGGAGGCCCAGGCCAAAGAACUCAGGACUGCAGAGUUGAAGGCAGAGCAGAGCCAGCAGGCAGCAACCCAAAGUGACAGACAGGUAGCCGAACUCGGAGACGAACUGAGCAUGCUCAGAACAGAGCUUACCGACACAACCAGACAAGGAAAACGAGCGGAGCAACAAAGGAACCAAGCCCUUCGCAAUGCGGAGAAACUCACAGACGCUUUUAAAGACUACAAGACAAAUAUUUCCAUUAAGCUGAAAAAGGUCAUGGAGAGCGAGAGCAAACUGAAGGAGAGUCUCAUCGUGUGUGACCGAGAGAGAGAAGAGCUGGAGAGCAAGUGCACCGUGAUGGAGAGAGCACGAGAGGAGCAGGGCCAAACCAUCAGUGAGCUGAAGGAAGAGGUCACCCAGGCGCGCACACUCAACACAAAAACCUCUGAGCUCCAGGGACGUCUGGAGGAGGCUGCCCAGCGGGCCUCGCGGCUGGAGAUGGAGCUGGGGGAGCGGGCCUUGGCGGCCAGGGAGCUGACCUCUCUCCACAGGGAGACGGAGGACCUCCGGGCCCUCACCCAGUGCCAGGAACACAGGCUGGUCCAAUGCCAGAGAGAGGCCCAGCAGAGCCUGGCUGAAUUAGCUAGUCUGGAGAGCAUACUGGCUUUGCUGCACCUCCGAGAGGUAUGGAGGAUUGGGGACACGUACACGCACGGCGAUGAGGGACCUCUCUGUGUGAAGCCCUGUAUGCUGCCACCAGUGGAUUACACAGGAACUACAGACCCACUCAGACCCAAGCCAGGUGAGCGAUACCAGCAGCUGCUCCCAGUGCUCCAGGCAGUGGAGGCAGAGCGAGGCAGACAAAGCUCCCUGGCCUCCAGGCUCCAGGAGAGGCUGUCUAAAGCCCAGGAGGAGGUCUCCUCCCUGCACAGCUCCAUGGCCCAGAGGGCCUCCCACUACCAGCAGGUCCACAGCGAGCUGCUCCAGAGGGCCAGCCAGGCUACCGAUGCCGAGAAGGAGUUGAAGAAGAAGAGUGCUCGUGUGGCGGCUCUGGAGAAACAGCUGCAGGAGAAGAGCUCUGCCUACUCACUGGCCGCUCUGAAGAACACUCAGCUGGAGCAGGAGCUGCUGGAGAAGGCCAGUGCUAUCCAGCACUACCAGUCUGUGAUGACCAAGAAGCAGAGGGACUUCCAACAGGCUCUGGACAAAAGUCAAAAGGCCCGUGCUGACCAGUGCAAGGAACUGCAGGACAGAGUGGAACUGCUGCAGUUGUCUCUGGACCAGACCCGGGCCCAGGUCUCAGAGCUGGAGCAGGCUGUGUGUUGUGCCCAGAGGGAGAGACACGAGGCCCAGAGCACAGCCCACCUACUGCAGGUCUCCCUGGACCAGCUCACACAGGAGAGAGAGACCAAAGUGAGACACAGUGAGGAGGCUCUACGGAGUGUCAAAGAGCAGGCCACCGAGUCUUCCACCAAGGUGAGGCAGCUGGAGACAGCCCUGUCGUCCUGUAGGGAUGAGCUGAGCUCCCGCCUACUGCAGAUGGAGGACGCUAAGCAGCACUUUCAGAGACAGCUGGACGUCAAGAGCAAAGAGCUGUCGUCUCUGCAGGAGGAGUUGCGUAGCAGCGCUCUGGUGUGUAGUCGCUCCAGUGAGCGCUGUGUCCAGCUUCAGUACUCCCUGCAGCGGCAGCAGAGCAUGCUACAGGAGAGCAGCACCCGUGUGGCCGAACUGGAGGAAAGCCAGAGUCGGCUACAGGGACAGGUGUCCGCGUUGGAGCAGGAGUUGGAGCGGGCGCGCUUGUCUCUGGAGGAGGAGCUGAGGAGGAGAGAGGAGGUGGUGCAGGAGGCUGACAAGGAGGUGCAGGAGAAGAGGCGACAGGCUGCACAGCUCUCUGGCUCUGUCACUCAGCUGUCGUCUGAGAUGAAUCGGUGUCGUGGGGAGCUGUCAUCCAUGGAGCAGGAGCUGCAAAGGCUGCGGAAGGACGCCAGCAUGAAGUCCUCCCAGCUCAGCUGCAUGGAGGAGACCCUGCAGCAGACCCAGGGCCUCCUGGAGAAGAAGAAUGACGCGGUCAUCGUGGAAGCCCUUUCUCCCCUCCUCCUCCCCCCUGCAGUUGUGCACUUGGAGGAGAAGCUCCACCGCUGCGAGGAGGACAGGCGGAACUCUGUGCAGCGGGCGGAGACUCUGGAGGGACAGCUACAGGGGAUGCGCGGUGAGAUGCACGACACCCUAGAGAACCUACAGGAGCUGAGAGAGCUGUUACAGCGCACGCAGGUCAGCGCAGACGAACGACAGACAUCACUGGAGAAAUUGUCCGCCGAGCUCAGGGAAAGCCAGAGGGAGUUGGAGGAGAGGAACCACGAGGUGUUGGACAUGGACACAGCAUUGAAGGAGAGACAGGGGGAGCUCCAGCAGAGAGCACAGCUGCUGGGCCAGUUGGACGUGGCCAUCAGAGACCAUAAGGUGGAGAUGGACAAGAAGGUUCAGGCCCUACAGCAGACUCUGGACCAGAGAGAGGGAGAGGUCAAAGACCGAGACAAACGGGUGGCGUUUUUGAGUGAGAGGUUAGACCUGCUAAAAGCACAACUACAAGGGAAGGAGGAUUCCGAGAAGGACUCUCUGGGGCAGGUCCAGAACCUGCGUGUGUGUCGGGAGGAGCUGCAGAGAACAACGCAAGAGCUGCGGGACACACGGACUCGCUGCGAGAGCCUGACUGAAGAGCUGGACAGCAUCACUCAACAUGCCAGAGAAAAGGAGGCGCAGGUGAGGAGUUUAGAGGAGAAGCUGUCUGCCAGGGAGGGCCGCUGGGUCCAGGGGGAAGCCAGACUGCAAGUCACCAUCUCCUCCCUACAGCAGGAGCUGGAGCAGGAGAGGGAACAGCACAGCAAGGAGCUCUACUCCCUGCAGCAGACGCGGGGCCAGCUCCUGAAGGUGUCGGAGCAGAUGAGCUGCAGCCUGCGGAGCUCCCAGGAGCACCUGGCCUCCAGGCUGCAGCAGAGCCAGCUGCAGCUAGAGCAUACCAGGGCCCAGGCGGCUCACCUGCAGGCCCAGCUCCACGCCACCCAGACCAGCCUGCAGAGCGCCCGCGAGGCCCUGCUCAUCAAGGAGUCCGAAGUCACCCGCCUACAGGCCAGAAUUUCCAGUCUGGAGAGAGCUACAGAGCUCCACCACGCCACGUUCCACCUUCACCCAGAGAUCACCCUGCCCUCAUCCCCUCCGCCCCCUCACACACACCACCAUUCUCCUCCACACACUCACUCAUGCACCCACUCUCCUCAUAAACACACCUGCUCCUCCCCACCCACUCACACCCACUCCCCUCACAAACUCUCCCACCCUUCUCCACCACCCACUCAUUCCCCUUCAUCCCCCCACGUACAACACCACUCCCCUCCACCCCAAACCCACACUCCAGACUGGCCCGUGGAGGGCAGCAGUGUGGACUCCUCUCUUGAUCUCCCUCAGAACCUGAAGGCAACGUUACGGGAAGCCCUGGGUCAACACCUCCCCUGGGACACAUCCUUUCUGUCCCCCACCCCUUACCAGCCUGACCACAGCUGGCAGGGCCUCAGCCGACUGGAGGCCACCUCUGCCUCAGACCUCUCCUUUAACCCCCUCACCUACAUGGUGGACAAAAUGUCGGAGGAGAGGGAGGAGAGAGAGCCGGAGAGAGAGUCCAACCUCAGGCAGGAGACCCAGGAGGAGAUGGACAUGAGCUCCCUGACGGGCAUGCUGAGGUUUGUCAACCAGACGCUUGCCCUGCAGGAGGACCCGUCCCUCUGUGGCUCCGCGGGCCUCUGAGAGGCUGAGCACACCCUCACACUGCAGGUUAGCAUGAGAAACUCUCUCUGGGGUACAAAGGAUGAAAUUAGGUCGUACACGUAGCUGUAGUUUUUGCAUUGGCAAUGUGUAAUUGUGGUGAUUGAUGAAAUGGUUGGUGCUUGUUUAAUGGCUUUUGUAUAGGUAGUUGAGAGCCGGCUGACGCUCUUAACAAAAAAACGUUGUAAAUAGACCGAAAAUUGUGGCUCACCUUACACACACCACACACACACGAGGAUCUCUCAAAUAAUGACACACCUGCUGUUAAUAGCAGUUCCUUCAAUAAUUAGGUCAGAGGGACCACACCUGUAUUCCAACAUCCACUCAAUUAACUAACCAAACAGGACACAGAACCAAUUAGGGAAGAGGUGCAAUUGACGGAGUGUCACAUUAUUCGGAACCCACGCUGUUCUCAGGGACAGGCCUGACUUUUCGUAGCAGGUUAGGAGAACUUACGCAGCAGGUUAGGAGAGUUAGCGUGGCAGGUUAGGCAAAUUGGUUAAGGUUAGAGAAAAGGUUAGCUAAAAUGCUAAAAUUGUCCUCGACGCGACUUGAAUGUAUCUAGCUACAUCCAGACCAGCACUGAGAACACCCUACGUGGCGGCAGGGGUCCAGGUGAGUCGCGGGAUAACAUAGAUUUUUUUUUUUUUAUACAUUUUCGAGAUAGGAAAACAUUUUUUGUGUGAACUUAAACGACUAAAACUAUGUAGCAAAAAUAAUGGACCUAUACAUUUUUCAAUAAUAGCCUACAAUCUUUGAGAAUUUACAAUCCGCAAAAUAAAAGCCCCCGUUUAA